AUGCUCGAUAUUCUGCGACCAGCUGCCAACAAGCUCAAGUCGUCCGCGACUCCCCCUGCCACAGCACAGGCCGCUUCACCCACCCUUUCACCUGCCUCUUCCACCUCGACCCUCAAAGCAUCGCAUCACUCGCGCCCAGGUCAUGUCAGAACCACCAGCAAAUCAUCCAUAGGCGCUGCUCGCUCCAAAGGCCAACAGGCACGGCGUCAGAGCAUCGAAAGCGGCGUCUCUUCCUCUCAUCGACACAAAUAUACCCCUUCAGAUCAUCGACAAGAUCUGCUCUACUUGAAUGCUGCCUCCUCCUCUUCCUCACGCUCGUCGCCUGGCCUCGCUCCAUUUCGACGCUCCACCAUCACUUCGAGUCCGCAUACAACACAACGUCUCAGGGGCAGGUCCAAAUUCACUCGCUCCAGUGAUGUGGCUGCUUCUUCCCUUUCCACCGCAGGCUUCAGCUCCUCCAUGGACCCUUUCCGUGAUGAGCACAGUCAGACACGCAAGCGAUCUCAGCCUCAGAAGCCUUUGCUCGGCGGUCUCUACUUUUCCGACCUGAUCGUCGUUGCCUUCUUCUAUGCUGUCAAUCUCUUGCGUACCUGCGGCAUUGCGGAACUGGUCGAUGUUGCUUUCAAAGCCUUUGCCUAUGUCUGCACUCGACUCCCUUUCGACUUUUACCAGCGAUGGUCCCUCAGUCGUCCUUCAUCCGCCUCUCACAGCUGGUAUGCGCCCGUCACCAAUUCGUCGUCUUCAGCGACCGAGCGAUCCGACUCCAGCCAGUCGACCGUCCGACCGGAUGACUUUAUCGGCAAAUCAAAAGCGGCUGCAGCAGCACGCUCGAACUAUGCAUCGUCCACUGCAGUCUCAGCGGUGGUUUCGUCCUCCGACGAAGAGUUCGCAUCGCAAGACGAGGCCGACGACGAUACGCAGCUUUCUCCUUUCCACCAUCUCACAUUGCUCCUCGUGCGUUUCGCCUGCACCAGCUUCCCGCAUCUCGUUCCGCGCGUCCUUUUCGCAGAAGAGACCAUUGGUCCGCUCGUUCGAUGGAGGACCGGCGGAGGGGCGGCAGGCAUCGUACGCGAAUUCACAGGCGAUCAGACCUCACCAAAGUCGGCGUCUGCCAAGUCCGCAUUGCUGCAUCCGCCCGCCAGGAACGAUGCUCCGAGAACAUCGGCCAGCACUGCGACCUCUUCAGAUAAGCACAAGCCCAGGCCAACCCCUUCUCAAAACUAUACCCGGCCAGGUUUCCGCGCUUUCUGGAUCGGCGCAGAUGCCCACGUCCCUGUCGAGGUUCGCCGCUCGGAUCCCUCCUCCAAAUCAGCCUCGACGCUGCUCUAUCUGCACGGAGGCGGUUUCUCGCUCGGCUCCGUCGCCUUCUACGCCGAAGCACUGAUUCGCAUCAUUACCAAAGUCUGCGCUAUGGAAGAUCGCGACAACGACGCUCGCUGCGUGGCGGUCGAGUACGACUUGGGCCCGACUUCGCGCUUUCCAGGACCUCUGCUACAGUGUCUGAGGUGCUACGCGCAUCUCAUCGAGGUCGAGGGCAUCGAUCCUGCGUCCAUCACCAUCGCGGGCGACAGCGCCGGCGGCAACUUGACCAUGGCCAUGCUGCUGUGUUUGGAUGGCCAGGCUCGUGGCGAUGCGGGACUGGGCGAACGAGACUGGAGCGCGCUUCCCAUGCCGGGCAAGGCGGUGCUCAUCAGUCCGUGGGCGGACCUGCGUCCAUCCGCAUCCUUAGCAUUCGCACCUCUGCGAGAAGCUGCGGCCGCCGAACGAUCAGCCUCACAUCAGCCUGGCUCUCCAUCGAGAGGGAAGAACAACACACGCUCGAACGAUGCAAAGGCAUCCGCGAGCUUGGUCUCUGCCUGGACCGAGGCGAUUGGGCAGCACGAGUGGGACUACGUCGCCGCGGAAGCGCUGAUGCAUUUCGCACAGCUCUACGCCGGUGUGCUCAAGACGCCGCGUAGAGUAAGAGGUCCCAUGGGCUGGGUCGCUCACAUGUGCGCGGUGCUUGCCGGCGACGAAGAGGAUAGCAGCGCCAUGGAAGGCAAACCUGCGACCUCGAAGACAGCGCCAAUGGGUGUCACUGCACCGCUCAACAUCCUCCGUUCUCUCCUACCUCAGCGCGUUGCUCGCGUCGCCCACAGCAUGCUCACCGAGCCAUUGCUGAACCGCGGUGGCGCCACCAGCAAGACGCCCUUCUCAUCCAAGACAAGACCGCCUUCCGAUGCACUCAAUCGGAUCGAGCAAGUUCGGCCAUCGGUUGUCGGUGCCCUCGAUCCGAUCUUUCCGUCCACAGAGCGCAAGACGGAUGCCGUGCCAAGCACCGCCGAUCUGUACAUUCCCAUCUGGCAAGACAGCAACGAUGGCGUGGCGCAGGAAAAAGCGAAACGCGACGCGAGCGAUCCCGACUUUGAAGCGGCCAAGACGCUGCUGGAGACCAGCCACCUGAUCAAUCCCGCCACGGGCGACUGGAGCCGUAUCAAGCUCAAGCGCGGUAUGCUGGUGACCUGGGGCGAUCGCGAGCGACUCGCAGACGACAUCGAAGUAUGGAUUGACCACGUGAGGCAGUCGCAAUCGACGAGGAGCGCUCGCGGCGGCGCAGAGUCUGCGUCGGACGACCAGCCUGGCCAAGACAUGGACUUGUCGCAGAGAGCCACUAGCUCAGACACCUCAAAGCAGACUCUGCAGGAGAGACGCGCUGCAUCGCGAUCACCGCAUCGCCUCGCUCAAGAGUUGGCCGACGAUGGGGCCGACUGGCUGUGCACGGCAGUCGAACACGGCCCCGGCGGCGUUCACGCUUGGCCGUUCGUCUCGAUGUAUCUGGCUGGAGCGGAGGAAGAACGGGAGAAGGGUCUCGAGAUCAUUGCGCGCUUCAUCGCCGAGCCUACCCCCAGUCCAGCGUCGACGCUGCCACCGACACCUUCGUCCCCCAUCGUCCCACUCGCGGUCCAGAUGCCCGUCCGUCACGACCAGCGAUACACCGCAGCAGCUGCCAACUCACCGCCGCACCUCAACGCUGUCUCUCCCGCCGGAUCCAUGCCGAGCGAUAUCAGUUCGCGUGGCGAUGACGAAGAGACGGACGAUGCUUUUCUGGGAUCGAGCUAUACCGACUCGGAGGAAGGGUGGGAUGCUGACGACAGGAACGAGCUCGGGCUGGAAGGUGUUUAUCCGCAUGAGACGGUGUGGACCCAGCCAACACCGACUCCGUCGACAGGCGCGGGGACUCCGCUGGACAGCGACGUGGAACAGGAGAGUAUCGGGCAUGAUGAGCUCAUUCAUCGUGUGGGCCUCGGGCUAGGCUCCGGCAACGAUGUGGGAGGCAGGGAGACCGCGUCCCAUACAAUGGAGCCGGUGCGCCUGCAUCGUCCAUCUCAGACCGCUGCAUCGAGCUGGAUCACACAGAACACGUCUCAACAGCAGCCGACGCCGAGGACACCUACUCAAUCGACACGUCGCCCGUCAUCAACGUCCACUGCCCAGACUGGCUCCACGCAGACCCUCGGCGGUCCUUCGGGUCGCACACUAGCCGAGCUGGAAGCCGAAUCGGACAUGAGCGCACCCCCAUCCCGCCCCGAGUCACCAGGUUGGCGCGAGGACAGCUCCGGCUACAACUCGCGCGACGACGACGACCUGUCCGCGCCCUCGCCGCAAGAGAUCGACCGCGAUGCCUACUUUGGCGGCCCCAUCUCGUACGCCGACGACGCGAUCCCCAUGGACCCUGGCUUCUACGGGCUCGCACACUACCACACGCUUCGCCCCGAAGGCCUGUCGGAUAUUGCCGAGGAGGAGUCGCAAUUCGACACGUCUUCGGUGCUGAGCAGCGGUAAUGGAGGGGCGUUGAGCCCGGGGUACAGCGAUCCGACUUUCUCGCCGCAGGACGAGAGGUCGCCGAACGUGAGUGCGACGAGGCUGGGGGUGGGGAACCAGGGAAACCAGGGAAGGUAUGGUGCGUAUGCGCCUUCUGCGGCCGAGAUGGCCAUGUUGAGGGAGGCUUUGGAUGAGAGGGAGCGGCAAUAUCAGCAGCGAUUUGCGAGAGGGCAGAGUAGGAGGUUUGCCAUCGAAGAGGAGGACGACAUCGGAGGCGACGGAGGGUCGGAUGGCGACGUCGACUGGCUCGAUAUGGAAGAGCAGCGACGUGAGCAACAGCAGCGCGUUUCGUCAUCUGAUCCGCCGAGCUCAUCCGCUCAGCAGCCGAGCAAGGAUGUCACCUCCAGCACAACACCGAGGCUGCGUGUCACGGCCGAAGAUCAGGGCAGCAGCUCCAACGUUGCUUCUGCUAGAGAGACAGAUCUGCAGCCGCCUCCUUCGCCAGCAAGAUCGGCGAGCUCGCAAAGCUCUGCUCUCGACAAGUGGUGGUAG